UGUGAUAAACGAAUGGCGGUGUUUUUGAUUGUCAAGUAAACAUGUCCAAACACAUUACGACGUUUGAUUCAAUCAUUUUAAAACAUCAAACUUUCAGAUUUAUAACCUAGAUACAAAUAAAACACCAUACAUCAUAGUUUUUCUCGGCAAUUGUAGUUUGACAGUGUAUAAUUUCGUUGUAAAUUAGCAUUUAGACUUUUCAAAUAGGUCUGGGUUAAUGAGACGCUUAUUACAAAUAUAUGUGUUCAGACAAUGACAACAAAAAUCCAAUAAUUAAAUUAACGCCUAUAAAAGUGCGAUUAUUGGAAAAAUAUUAAGGACAAAGAACAAUAAAAAAAUAAGUUUUGCUUCUGAUACUGAAUAUAUUUAACCUCUUUUUCACUGGUUUAGAUGUUACUAAAGUUUCAAAUUUCAUGUUUAAACUUGAAUAUAAUAUCAAAUAUUCUCUGCGGAAUUACUUGGAGUUAUUGAUAUAGGUGAUAAAAAUGUCAACCACAGUGUGUCUCUCAUCUCUUGAUUAACAGCAAAAUGGAGUAAUUGAUGUGGAAUAUACAAUCAAAUUUACUGAAAAGUUUAUUUGAGGUAUGGAUUUCUGCAGCCUUGCUUAUAGAAUAUAAAGAUAAAGAAAUACAGAAAUGGCUUUAGACGAUAGAGUUCAUAGAUUAACAGAAAAUUUGGAGGGGACGAACAGAAACUUGAAGAGUUUAGAUCGUAUGUUGGAUCAGUAUCGCGAUGUAAGCCGAGAUCACAGACAUAAUGUAGACAGGUUACGAGACGAUGUUGGUCGAACUCAUCAACAGAUACGGGAUGAGCGAUACAGAGAUUAUGGGAGUGAUAGUGAGUAUGAAGUGGCGUCACCUAUAUCACGGCGGAGACGUAAACCUCGACGAUCUACUGUCAGAUUUGCAGACGACAUGAACAAAGAAUUACACAGCUUACAUCAUGCUGUAAGAGAUUUAUCAAGUGAUCACCUCAACUUAGAGACCAGCUUUAAUAGAGAGGUUGACAGGAGGGAUGGGUAUGAUAUGGACACAAGAAAAAAAAUCCGAGAAAUUUCAGAUGACCUCAAGAGAUUUACCUCGUCAGAUCCUGUGGCAGAUCGUGUAGAACGUAGAUUACGUAUGAUUCAAACAGAGUUGGAGGCCGAUAGACUGGUGACUGGACGGAACGAGGAAUUGUGCAAUCUUUCUAUGGAAUUAAGAAAUGCACUACAACAACAACAAGCACAUGCACAACAGGCAGCUAUUGAGGACAGGGUCAGAUCGUCGUAUCUUACUACUGAAACACAGAGACACAGGUUGGAGACAGAUUUAGAGGAAAUGCGGCGGAAACUAGACAUGGCGGAGGGCUCAAAGUCAGCUAUGCAGCAACAGGUAGAUGAUUUACGUAAUCAAUUACGACGGAUGGAGGGUGAUCGAUCAAGGAUGAAAUCUCAUUUAGAAGAGGCGAGGCUGGAGGAAGAACUCCGGGAAAGAAGGAAGAGAAGAUCUAUGGAAGAGGAUCAGAAGAAGAAUUUGGAGCGUGAACUUUUAGAAUUACGUCAACAAAUGACUCGCUCCAUUGGUGCUACCAGUGAAACUGAGGAAUUAAGACGUGGCCUCGAGAAAAGUGAGAGACAACGGGUACAGUUGUCGGACCAUAUAGAGACAAUAACAAAAGAUCUAGAAAACAGGGAAAAGCAGACGGCCAAACUGAUAAAUGAACUGAAAUCAGUGUCUGACAAAUGUGAGGAUGCAGAACGGCACAAAAAUCACUUGAUGGUACAAGUUGAAGACACAGCAGCUAAAUUACGAGAUAAUAGCCGGGAAUUAGAUAAAGCCCUGACAGAAUUAAGAAAUACACAGUUAGCACUCUCAGAUGCUGAGAAGAAACGUGAUGAGUUUAAAGGUCGUGCUCAGGAAACAGUUAGACAAUGGAAGAUGAAGGUUAAACAGUUAGAACGGGAACUAGAUCGUCAUAAACACGGGAACCAGCAGAUGAUGCAGCGUAACGAGCAGCUCGUGAAGGAGACUGAGGCAAUCAGACAGCAGGGACAUACGUACGGUAUACAGCUAGAAAAUAUGAGACGAGAACUUGGAGAUGCUCUUGCUGUUAGAGCAGCACAAGAUGAACAGAUUCGAUUGAAGGAUGUUGAAAUUAACGAGCUCAAAUCAUUACGUAUGGACCUUGAUAGAGAACUCAGGGAUACUCGUACUGUCUCAGAAAGGCUGGAGAACGAGUUACAUAAUGCCCAGUCACGUAUAGCGCAGGUAACCGAGGAGAGGAACCGUUUGGACGACCGGUGUUCGGCGGUAGAGGCGGCACACUGUCUAGCUCAAGACCAGGCUGCCCAAUUACAGCAAGAACUGAAAGAUCUUAGUUCAGCAAAGGCCCAGGCUGCAACAGAGUUAUCUGAGGCUAAGGGGAAAAUACAUGAUAUGAGACAGAGUUAUAUAGAGGUGCAACAUCGAGAGAAGGCAGCACGAGAGGAAUGUAAACUUAUACAGAAACAGCUACAUGAUGAGAGAGACAAUAGUAGGGUUGCCGUAGAAACCUUAAAACGGGAGUUAAAUGAGGCCAAGGUGAGAGAGGCCCAUGUUUUACAAGAUCUACAGAGAAAAUUAAAGAAAGAUAAAGCAGAAUAUGAGGCAGCUAUACAAGCUUUGAAGAUGGAGUUAUCUGAGGAUAAAUCUAGUCUGAAAAUUUCGAAGAGGAAUGAAGAGAAAUAUAGAAAAGAGGCAGAGAUAUUACAACAGGGUAUGAAUAGGCUGGAAGAGGAUAAUCUGAAGUUAUUAAAUCGUCUUGAUCAUACAAAGAAAGAAUUUGAAGCUCAGUCACAAAUGAAUGAGAAUGACAUGUCAAGAUUUAAGAAACUGGAGGACGAGAUCUUCAUCUUGAAUUCUGAAAUGAAAAAAUCUGAGAGGAGAUAUGAGAGUCUUGCCCAGGAUAUGGUGUCAGAAGUUGAUGCUUUAAUGGAUGUAAUGUCUACUGGAUGUAUAGAAAAAUUUAAGACAAUUAGUGCUGUAAAAGGAGCUCUGAAUGGAAACUUGUUGGCAGAUUUAAAGAUAAAGAUGAAGUGGUUGAGAAACCAAGUUCGAGAAAAGAUAAAGUAUGAGCAGAAGUUACGCAAAGAUAUACGUGACGCUCUGACAGCCAAUGAAAGUGACAGGAAGUACUUGUUACAGGAACUAGCAAGGCGAGAGGAAGUGUUAGAUGAACUUGCCGCAGCCAAGCAAGAACUUGCCCAAAGAGAGAUAGAAAAUUUACAUUGUGUGGAAGUUUUAGAGGACCAUAUUUUGGACCUGACUGACGAGCUAGAGGUUAGAAAGAUUCGAGAAUCUGAGGCCAUAAAACACCACGAGUUUGAAAAACAUCAAAUAAUUACAGAUAUAGAGGGCAUGAGGGAUAAAGAGAAGGCCAGGAUAGAGGAGAGAUAUGUGAGGUUACAACAGACUAUGAGGGCGUUACAGGAUGAAAUUAAAGUGGCCAACUUAAAUCAUCAACAGGUUAUUGAAUUAGAGAAGAAUAUUGAGAAUGUAAGGAAGUCACCUGGACGGAGGAAGGUAAAUAACAACAGAGUGCGUAUUAGUACACCGUCAAAAAGUCCACAUAGGAGACCGCAGACCCCGCCUUGUAGACUUCCAAAAGGUCAUGACGAUUCCAUGGCACCGAUGGAAAUGAGUGACGAACAAUUUUCUCGUAAAUUUGCGCGUAGAAAAUCAAUUGAGGACGGAGCAUUGUGAUAAGAUGCUCAAAAAAAGUUUCGUUAUUUCUUGUCGGCAUCGUGAAAACUUUCAGGAAUGAAAACUAAAACAAAACAAUAUGUGGAAAUGCUGUGAUGAAGAAAGUGUUGAAGUGUGUAGUUGAUAAAAAAACAAAUUAGACAUGUUAGAUGUAUCUUAACUGACCUAUUUGAUCAUAGUUGUUUGUGCUAUAACACUGUUUAAGUAUUUUGUUAUGUUUAUAUUUUGUGUGAGGUACCUGAUUGUGAUUAACCAUUUAACCUUCAAAAUUUGUACAAUGGGCUUGCCUAAUCUUUUAUUUUGUGGGAGUCCAUUGUUAGUUUAGGGUAUUUCAGUAUCAACAAAAAAAUGUAAUUGAUCAAGCAAGAGUCUAGGUUAUGGUCAGAUUGCUUGGACGUUCAGGCCGACCAUACUCUAUACCUGUAACUGAUUUAUACUGAUGACAUAGCCUGCUAAUAUAGUUGCUAGCAUUCAAGACUUGUGUACUAUAUUGGAAGAAAAAUUAAGUUUAUUUCAAUGUAUUUGGUUUUCACAUUCCUUUUUUUUUAUACUUUUCCAUUCUUUUUUUUCUUCCUUAGUCUAUAUCUUACGUAUAUUCUUUUUUGUUUAGGGUUUUAAGGUGAAUUAUAAACUAUUUAUUAGGGAUAUAAUAUAUUACAUGAUUUUAGUGUUUAUUUUACAAACUUUUACAUUUCCGACCAGUUUUACAAAAUUUUACAAAAAUCUUUUUUACUGAUUUAUUUUAGAAUAUUUUAUCAUACCGUCCUUGACUUUUAUAAGUGUCCUUUUUUAUCUUAAUAAUUUAUUUAUUUAUUUAUUAUAAACUAUUAAGUAAAUACAGAAAUUUAUUUUUACAAAUGUUUUGUCCACAUUGGACAUCGUACAUUCUGUAUGCUGUUGAUUCCAUUGUGAAGUCCAAUAUUAUCUUUAUACAUUCAUGAUUAUUCUUGUCUCCUGUAUGUUGUACAACCAUCCAUAUCUGUCCUAAUAUUUUUUUUAAUUUUUUUACCACGUAAACAGUUUAUACCAUGUGAUAGUUUGUUGUAUGACAUACCUUUGUAUCAAAUGGGAUACUCUUUAUUACCACAGUUACUUUUAAAGGUUAUAACUAUCACAUGGAAGAUACAUUAUUGACCACUUUUUGCCACAUACCACAGUUUCAACCAAAUGGUAUUUUCUGCUUUACCACAGUUUCCUCCAAAUGGUAUUUUCUGCUUUACCACAGUUUCUACCAAAUGGUAUUUUCUGUUUUACCACAGUUUCUACCAAAUAGUACUUUCUGUACAACAGUUUCUACCAAAUGGAAUUUUUGGCUUUACCACAGUUUCUAAAAAAUGGUAUUUACUACUUUACCACAGUUUCUACUGAAUGGUAUUUUUGGCUGUACAAAGCUUCUAACAGAUUGUGUUUUCUCUUUUACAUCUGUUUCUACUACCCAGGUACUCUGCUUAACCACAAUUUCUGUCCUACUUUUAAGUUUUUAUAGAUUGUUGUUGUUGUUUUAUCUGUGAUAUUAUGAUACUGUUACAUUGACAGUAUUAUUUUGGUUUUUUUUUUAUGUUCAAUUGAUAAUCAUGUACUGAUUUAGUUGAUCUGAUGCAUUUUAUUAAACUGCACAUUUUGAUGUAUAGUUAUAUCAUUAGCAUAAAUUAGAUUUGUUCUAUAUUUAGAUGAACAGCUUCGUCUCUUGAGGUUUAUGAUAUUCAAGGGUUCAAUUCUACUUUGGUAGUUUAAUGUUAAGUUACAAAGUUUUACCGGAAGUUGUCCAUCACUGCUAUGGGCUUACAUCCUGUUGCAGGAAACUUUAAGUUUUUAAUAUUUCAUGAGGGGAAACUAUCCAGCUACUGUUCAGAAUAAGCUUUUACGACUAAUGUUUAACGAUUAUGCAUUUAAAAGGAUUUUGUGGGGAGGGGACAGCUAUAUCAUCACCUUAGUGCAGUAAUGGGUUAACUCCUUAUAUAAUGUAAUAGGACUUAACCCAUUACUGCACUGAAGGGAUGAUAUAUAGAAUUUCUUUGUUUAUAUGAAUCAUUAGUAAUUAAUUCAUGUUUUCUACCCAUACAUUUUGAAUGUGGAGGAGAAUGGUUCCCAGCCUGCCAAUAUGUAAUAAUGUACAUUUUAAAUAUGAUCUUUUACUAUGUAGUUUCAAUGUUUUAGAUAUGUUUUUUGUGCUCCAUUUAUGUAAGACAUUGUUUUUUCCUAUAAAAAAUGAUUAUUAACUAUUUUCAAACUUUUUUUAAGUAGAUGAAAAAAUAAUACUUAAGCUCUUAAAUUGGAUUAUUGGUAUUACCAUAAAAUAAAAUGUUUGAUUAUUGUUAGCUGUAGAGGUUUCUUUAUUGUUGUAGUUUUUUUUCUUUUAAUUAUUUUGUUCUUUAUAGGUUAAAAAUUAAAAUUAAAAAAUAAAUGUACAAUAAUACAUAAAAAUAUAAAUUGGUAAAUAAAUUUCAUAGCAUAAACAAAUUAUUUUCAAAAGUUUUCUUGAGAUUAACCGUGCGACUGAUGAUAGCUACAGAAACCACCCAAGCUAGUGAAGCUACCAGUGCAAACCGGGACAUCUGGCACAUAUGUACUGCCUAGUCAUGGUCUGCACUGUUUGCUGUUUAGUCAGUACUUAUUUUGAAGUUUUCGCUAAAAUAAUGAUGUGGUUCAGAUUGAAAGAUGCAGAAAUCCAUGCUUACUGUCAGUAUUUGGAUAAAACGGUCAAGGGCCAUAACUCAAAUGUGUAUUUCGUUUAUCGUGUGUCUUAACUAUCAUUGCAUUCAUGAUAAACAAUUAUCAUGUACUGUUUGAAUGAGGGUAGUAUGACUGAACUAUAAUAAUUAUAUCCAACAUUAGUUUGUUAGAGCAUUAUUUAUUUAGCGUAAAAAAGUAGAUGUAAAAAAGGGUCUGAAAAAUAAUUUAUUGUUUUGAAGAAGUGAUUUUUCAAUUUUCUUACAUAUCAAUCUCAUUCUUAAUUAGUGUUUUGUCUCUUUAUAUCAUUUACUGUUAUCUGUGAUAUAUUUUUGAGUUACUGAAAAUGUGUACAAAUUUAUAUACUGAUAAAAAGAGGGAUCUUUGCUGAAAUGCUUCCCAAUUUUUGUAUACCUUAAUAAGGUUUAAUAACUUAACAAAUGCCACCAAAUAUUUUUUGGUCUGAAUCAGUUAAUGAAGGAUUUAACACUUUUCGUUACGCCUUGUCUCUUUGAUAUUUGUGUUUAGAAACUUACCAGAUUCCGACUUCAACACUAAAAAUAAUGUAAAUAGUGUGGUGUAAUUCAGCAUUAAUCUAGUAUUAAGUUAAUCUUUCACACUUAAGAGAGAAAUGUAUGGACUUUCAGACUUUUUGAUAAAUGAUUCUUAAUUUGAUACAUGUAUAUAACAUAAAGCAUGUUCAAAGGUCACCCACAUGUACAAGUUUCUAUAAACCCUGUAUUACAUUGUAUAAGCAUUUAAGAAAAUGUUUUGUUACGAACUUACGAAUAGAGCAGAUAAAAAAGUGUCUUUUUGAAUCACUUAGAUUUCAUAACAAUAAAAACUGAUUAAAUGAUGUAAUGUACAGAAUGAAUGCCCAUGUAUUUUGAGUGGCUCUCUUAAUUUCAUGAAUGUUAUGAAUCAACACUGAACCAUUUUAUCUUCGAGAAUAAAAGAUAAUUAUUUUGUGUUUGUAGAAGUUGUUUCACUGUAAAAAGAUAACGAUGAGCACAUAUGUACACUUAUUUAUAUCUCAACUUUUUUGGAUAGAUGUCUAGAAGUUUUACACAGUAUUUAUAUACAUGUA